ACAAAACUAAUUGGACUCUUUUGAUUUAUUAAAGACAUAAAAUCGGCAAUCACACGACUCCGCAACCGAGGAAACAGACAAAAUAAAAGCACAACAAAAACAAAAGUACCUUCUCCUCUUUAUCUGUGUUACUCACUCACCUUCAUCUUCCUACCCUUUCUGUUACCCACGGUCACUCAAACCUUCAUUCACACCAUUACAAACCCUUUCUUCUCCCUCUUUGUAUUCUGGCCCUUCCAACCAUGGAAGCUCUUACUUUGCUCAAAUACUUGAAACCAACUGAAGCAACACCUCAACCUCCUCCUCCUACGGAAGAAGACACCGACUACGUCGAAACCACUACCGACGAAGAAGGAGAAGAAGAAGACGAGCCUUUCUUUGACAUAGAGUUCACUGUACCUGAAGAAGAAGAACCAAACGAGUCUGAGACUGAACUCGGCUUUACGCUUUCUCCUCUAACCAACCACCAAGUUCAGUCGGAACUGAACUCCUCCGAACCUAACUCCAAACCUCAGUUCACCGCCUCGUUCUUGAAAUCCGCCACCAAGCUCCGUGUUUUCAUGUCUGGUUUCAACAAAUCAAAAUCCUCCGACACUACCGUUCAAAAAUCAGAGUCGCAGAAAAAGAAACUCUUCACUGUGAAAUUCAAGGUAGAUGAAGUUCCGUUCGUGUCCUUCUUUGCCAGAGAUAAAGUAAAAACUGGUAAUGAUGAUAAAGACUCUCAAAAGCAGACGAAACAGAACAACACCGAGGAAGAAUCGAAGUUACAUUCACCUUCUUCGGCUUCUUCUGACGAGAAACUAGGCUUCUCAAAGGAAGUAAUGCAGAAAUAUUUGAAAAAAGUUAAGCCUCUUUAUGUAAAAGUUUCUCGAAAAUAUGCGGAGAAGCUCAAGUUUUCUUCUAGCCAGCUCAAUUCGCCGCAGAUGAAGAAACCGGCGGCGGAGAAGGUUCGGGGAGAAAAUGGGGGGAACAAUGUAAAAACUCAGAAACAGGGGACUCUGCCUCUGCCUGCAGGGUUGCGAGUUGUGUGCAAACAUCUGGGGAAGAGCCGGUCAGCGUCUUUGGCGACGGAAGUAGCGGCGGUAUCGUCGCGGCGAAGAGAUGAUUCGACAGUGCAGCAACAGGAUGGCAUUCAGAGUGCCAUUUUGCAUUGCAAGAGCUCCUUCAAUGCUUCCAAAGAACGUGAUCCGUUGCAGUCUGAAUCGUCAACAAAACUUGGAAAUGAUUUGGAUGGAAGAUGAGGGAGGGUUUUUGAAAUACUACCUAGUUUUAAGUUAUGUUACGUUUUUGUAAGGAAACGUGUCUAGUGGCCUUAGGUUUGUGUACAAAGGAAAAUGUUACUACUAGCUAGCUACUGCAGUACUUUAUGAGGAUUUCUGUGAGGAUGUGUUAAUGUUGCAGAAAAGAAAGUAAAAUGUUGGGUUGUGGGGAACAAUAGUGGCUAUUGGAGUUGCAGGUGACAAUAACUGUUUUCCGAUGAAUCAACCUAGACUUGAGCCUAGUAAAGGCGACAGUGAACAACUAUGCCUAUUUUUUUACUACUUGUACCGUAACUGCAUGAUGAAUGGUAGCCUACUAGAAUACUCUUCCGUUUUUAAA